AUGGCUUCCACAAUCAUAGACCACCCUGUCGUCCAACUCUUAAAGGAUCUAAUGUCUAUCGUGAGCACGAGCGAGCUGGAGCACGACAUCGGCGUCUUCCUGGAACAACAUCCUCAAAGCCUAGGAUAUACAGUCGAGCGCAUUCCCAUAGCGCCAGGCUCCACCCGUCACAAUGUGUACGCGUAUCUCGGAUCCAGCCGCAAAACCCGCGUGCUGCUCACGGCACACAUGGACACGGUGCCACCGCACAUCCCACUAUCCCUUGAUGGCGACAUCGUCCGUGGACGCGGAUCUUCCGAUGAUCUAGGUCCCUUGGCGGCUCAAAUUGUCGCCGCAGAAGAGCUCCGGCGGGAAGGCAAGAUUCAAGCAGAAGGGGAUAUUGGACUUUUAUUCGUUGUGGGCGAGGAGAACGGUGGCCAUGGAAUGAUCGCGGCAAACGACAUGGGAGUCGUCUGCGAAGCUGGCAUAUUUGCUGAGCCCACGGAGAGUAAGCUUGCAAAGAACACAAGGGACAAGUCGCGUUCGAGGUCAUCGCUGGGGGGAUCGCCUGCCACCUGGCCGAAAUCAGACCUCCUAGGCCCCUCCACAUUCAACAUCGGAACCCUCGAAGGCGGGGAAAAACACAACAUCGUCCCCCCCUCGGCCAAAGCGCUCUGCGAAGUCCGCAUGGUCUCCGAUCUCCCCGGUGUCAAGACUCAAAUCGGCGAGAUCGUCUCGCGACAUCCAGACAUCGAGUUGAAAUGGGUCUUCGAGUACCCCGAGGCUCUUUUGGACUGGGAGAUUGACGGAGUCGAUGCCGCGCCCGUGGCGUUUGGAACGGACGUCCCGCGAUUACAGGAUAGGUGGUGCGGGAAGAGAGUUCUGUACGGUCCUGGCUCGAUUUUGGUGGCGCAUGGGCCGAAUGAGUAUAUUCGUAUUCCUGAGCUGAUUGAGAGUAUAGCCGGGUAUAAGAAGCUGGUUCUUCAUUUCUUGCAGUGA